AUGUCUCUCUGGCAAGCCUCCUUCUCCCUCCUCCAAACUCUCUACCCAAUCCGCCAAACCAACCUCCAGCGCCGCGACCGUCCCCUCCAAGUCCUCUGCCUAGGCCUCUCCCGAUCAGGAACCCGCUCUCUCUACGCGGCCCUAACAACCCUCGGCUACCAAAACGUCUACCACGGCCAAGAUGUCAUGCUCUCUCGCCUCGGUGACAUCCCGCAAUGGAUCCGUCUCGCGCAUGCAGUCAAGACUGGAGAUCCGAAUGGUUUCUUGAAUGAAAGGGAGUUUGAUCGAAUCCUUGGGGAGUGUGAUGCUGUGACGGAUUUUCCUUGUGCGUUGUUCGCGGAGGAGUUGUUGAGACUGUAUCCUGGGGCGAAGGUGGUGUUGAAUCGGAGGAGGGAUGCGGAGGGGUGGAAGAGGAGUAUGCUCAUUUCGAUGUUGGUGGUUAGUCGGAGGGGGUUGUGGGCGCGGACGGUGAAUAUGUGGCAUCCGAAGUAUGCUUGGGUCCGUCUCUUCUGGAUCCACGUAAUUGACACCCUCUUCCACGCCCCCUGGCUUCUCGAUGACAGCGCCAUGGUCUCAGACUAUAACCAGCACUACACCACCCUCAAAACCCACUGCUCCAAACAAAAUCGAGAAUAUCUCGAAUGGUGCGUCGAAGACUGCUGGCUUCCAUUCUGCUCCUUCCUCAACAAAGACGUCCCCAAUGAAGACUUUCCAACUGGCAACAAUCCGAGCAACCCUGGCGCUGGGGCGAAUCUCAAGUUUCCGACUUGGCCGGAGGAUAGUAAGAGGAAUAUGGCUUUGGCGGGGGCGACAUUGGUUGUUGCUGUCAUGUGGGCUUUGUUGGAGUUGUUUGGGGUCAGGGGUGGGGGGAGCGCUUUGCGGACGGCGGGGGCGAUGGUGAUGGUUUUUGUUGGGAGGUGGGUGUGGCAGGCUCGUGGUGAUAGUUGA